GCGGCGCCGUGACGGGUGAGCGGCGGCCAGGCGGGCCCCGGCCGGUUCUGCAUGCCCGGGGAGGCCGCCUUCGGGCUCCGGGGAUGCGGGGAGGGAGGGGAGGGCGUUGGGUGAGGUGCGACGAGGGCGGCCGGUACCCUCCGGCUGCUCCCCUCGGGGGAGGGUUGUAGGCCUGUGGGUGGGGGGGGGUUCCCUCAGGCCUCGGCCCCUGCGUGGGCAGAAGCAGCAGGCUGCUUUUUUGUGUUAUCGUGGUUAUGGUGCCUCUGCUUGGCUCUCUGCCCCCCGUUUGGCACCUUCUCCGCGUCCGUGUGGCAGGCAGGAGUUCAGUUAGUGCCUUGUUUUCAGCCUGUUCCCAUGUGCAUCAAAAUGUGUCCCCUGUAUGUACCCCUGCCUGUGCCUAUGUUUAUAAUAACCCCAAUAAUCCUGCCUUUUUCAGAGAAUGUGUUAUUUUCUUGGUGAAUUGUGUUCUACUGAGCCCUGAUUGUUCCCAUUCCCCUGCAGGAUGAAAUCUGCGUUUUCUCUUUUUUUUUAAAUUUUUGCUGAGCAUGUCCCCCUUUGGGAUUACUGUCUCCUGCAUCUAAGACACUUCACAUAGAUUUAAACGCAUCUAGGAGAGAUCUCUAGCUGAGCAGGUUCCCUGAAACAUAACUAUCUGUCACGUCUGUGGGAGCAAGGCCUUAUUCUAAUGAGUCUGUAAUGUUUCACGGAAGAACGUUUAUCAGUAAUGUUCAUUCUUGCAGUAAAGUAGAAAGUUAAAGCUUUUGGCUGGAGAGAGACUGUAAUCCAGGGCUAACAGAGGCUAAAUAAUUGCCUUACAGAUUGUUCCACAGCUUUAAAUUGAAGAGAAAAUGUCACUUUAUGAUGAUUUGGGAGUUGAGACCAGCGAUUCCAAAACAGAAGGCUGGUCCAAAAAUUUCAAACUACUGCAGUCUCAAUUGCAGGUGAAGAAGGCAGCUCUCACUCAAGCAAAGAGUCAGAGAACAAAACAAACAACAGUCCUUGCUCCAGUGAUUGACCUGAAACGAGGCAGCUCUUCUGACGAGAGACAGAUUGUGGACACUCCACCUCAUGUAGCAGCUGGGUUAAAGGAUCCUGUACCAAGUGGUUUUUCUGCGGGAGAUGUAUUGAUUCCUUUGGCAGAUGAGUAUGAUCCUAUGUUUCCAAAUGAUUAUGAAAAAGUGGUAAAGCGUCAGAGAGAGGAACGACAGAGGCAGCGUGAGCUGGAGAGGCAAAAGGAGAUUGAAGAAAGAGAAAAAAGACGUAAAGACAGACAUGAAGCCAGUGGGUUUUCAAGAAGACCAGAUCCAGAUUCUGAUGAAGAUGAAGAUUACGAAAGGGAGAGAAGAAAAAGAAGUAUGGGAGGGGCUGCUAUUGCACCACCCACUUCUCUUGUUGAGAAGGACAAAGAACCUGUAGCAUCAUUCCCAUUCGAAGAGGAGUCAAGACCUCGGGCACCAUCUUCUAAAGCAGCUAUUCCUCCUCCAGUGUAUGAUGAGCCAGACAGACCUCGUUCCCCCACGGGACCUAGCAACUCUUUCCUUGCUAACAUGGGAGGGACAGUAGCUCAUAAAAUCAUGCAGAAGUAUGGUUUCAGAGAGGGUCAGGGGCUGGGAAAGCAUGAACAGGGGCUGAGCACAGCACUGUCAGUAGAGAAAACAAGCAAGAGGGGUGGCAAGAUCAUUGUUGGCGAUGCUACAGAGAAAGCAGAUGCAACCAAGAAAACGGAUUCUAACCCGUUGACUGAGAUACUGAAAUGCCCAACUAAAGUGGUGUUACUAAGGAACAUGGUAGGUGCUGGGGAGGUGGAUGAAGAUCUAGAAGUUGAAACAAAGGAAGAAUGUGAAAAAUACGGCAAGGUUGGGAAGUGUGUCAUCUUUGAGAUUCCUGGUGCCCCUGAUGAUGAAGCUGUAAGAAUAUUUUUAGAGUUUGAACGGGUUGAAUCUGCAAUUAAAGCUGUUGUGGAUCUAAAUGGAAGAUACUUCGGAGGCCGAGUGGUGAAGGCUUGUUUCUACAACCUGGACAAGUUCAGAGUACUGGAUCUGGCAGAGCAAGUUUGACUUUAAAAAUCUAGCUCGAGGUGUCACUGUUUUGGCAAUCAUGUUUUCAGCAGUAGGCUGGGAAUAAAGAAGAGAAAGCAGCUUUCCUAGCAAACUGGAAACAAGCCUCAUUGAAUGGAUUUUUCGCAUUCGUUGUGACUUCAUUUUUUUUGUAAUAUAAAGCCCUUUGAAAGUAA